UGCUGCCUUGGCCAUUCACCCUAUAGAAGGCCCACGCGUGACGUGCUAAGCUUAAGUAAAGCGUGAGAUCAGCCUUUCUCAAACCCCUUCGCGUCGCACAACGUCCGCCUGCCACCAUGUUUAUGCUCCGCAACUUCAGCAAACUAGUCUUCGGUGAUAGCUCCAAGGAAUCCAUCGUCGAAAUCUCCCAGGGCCAGCUCUAUCUCGUCCGCCCACUCUCUCCCAAAGGCUAUUCAGAGCUUAUCUUCAAGGACGCGGCGGCGACAAUCCGGCGGACGGGGCAAGAGUUCCAAUACCAGCUGGUCGUGCAGAGGGCAUACGAAGAGGGCGAAGAAGAGCUGCUUGCAGAGGAAGCUGGUGAAGACGGUGGCGUAGAAGCCCUCGGCGGAGAAAAGGACGAAAAGACGUUCCUUCUCGACGAGAGCUUGCAGUUCCGCACCGACAUUCGUCAGACCGGCGAGAAGGUAUUCGCGUGGCGAGACCUCAGUGGCGACGAGGGAGACUUGUGGGAGUUCGUUUCUGACCCCUCGGUCAAGGCAGAAACUGCUACGCUUUUCGAACGCGUCGCGCUCCAGUGUCAGUACGAGCGGAAGUUCAGAAUCAGCCACGAGAACGCCACCGACGAAGACCUCGAACACCUCGCAUACUUUGAGGAGCCUAUUCCAGACGCGAGUCCCAUUGCCAGCCCCGUCAGGUCACCGACGAUAGCUCCAGCGCCCGAUAUUACAGAGCUAUUUCCGAAUACAACAAAGGAAGGCAUGACGACACGCGUAGCAGGAAAGGGCAAGGUUCCCCCACAGGUGGAGGACCCGACUUCUGCCCCGCCAUCUGUUGAGCAACCAGCAACAUUGGGAACUUUGGCAGAGUCUAUUGCGGAGCUGCAUCUCUUCGACUUCCCCUCGGGCACCUUUGUCCAACAGGAUGCUCAGGUUCGUGCUACCGUCACAGAGAUCGGAAACUGGGAGUAUUGGCUGCAUAUCACUGGCGCUGAGCGGGAAUGGCUAGGCCAACCUAUCGUCGACGACAUCAACCCCGUGUUCAACUUCGAGUUCAAGUCCUUCAUCUUCAACCACUAUCUGGAUGAUGGAUCUGCCUACUCAUGGCUUCUUCGGUUCGAGGACCAAGAGGACCUGGAGCAUUUCCAAAACGGUCUCAUGCAAGCACUCUGGGAGCACCUGAACAAGACGAAGUGGGGCAAGGUCAAGGACACCGAUCGGGAGUAUGUGCUGGAAGCAUUCCAGGAUCUCACCAUGGAGGAUGCACCUGAUUACGAAGAAGAGGACGAGGACGAGGAUGAAGAGGAAGAGGAUUACGAGAGUGCAGAUGAUGGACAGAGAAGCGAGCACUACGACGAGGACGAAUCUGAUGAGGAUACCGAGACUCAGAACAAAGAAGGAGGUGUCAACUCCCAACUUGCUGUCGGCUACAAGCACGACAGGUCUUUUGUCGUCCGAGGGAACAAGAUCGGGGUUUUCAAGCACACUCCAGACAACCAGCUGCAAUUCUCGACUACCAUCUCGAACGUCAAGACACCAAAGGGUAAACUGUUCAGUCCAACUAAGGUCAUGCUUCAUGCGGAAGAUGCCAAUAUGAUCCUUCAGAACGCCGACAAUCCGAAUGCUCUGUACCGGAUGGACUUGGAAACUGGCAAAGUGGUUGACGAGUGGAAGGUUCACGAUGAUAUCCCCGUUAAGAUCUUCGCGCCAGAAAACAAAUUUGCACAAAUGACUAGCGAACAAACCUUCCUGGGUCUGUCAGGCAAUGCCCUCUACCGCGUCGACCCUCGCUUGGCUGGAAACAAACUCGUCGAUAAUCAGCUCAAGCAGUAUGCCACCAAGAACGCCUUCUCCGCAGCAGCCACCACCGGGAAGGGUCACAUCGCCGUCGCCUCCGAGAAAGGGGACAUCCGGCUCUUCGACCGCCUUGGAAUCAACGCCAAAACCCUCAUUCCCGCCCUCGGAGAUCCCAUCAUCGGCAUGGAUGUUUCAGCAGAUGGCAGAUGGGUACUCGGCACGACACGAACCUACCUCCUUCUCAUCGACGCUCUACAAAAAGGUGGCAAGAACGACGGUAAACUCGGCUUCGAGAAAGCCUUCGCAAAAGACGACAAGCCGCAACCGCGCCGUCUUGCCCUGACACCUAGCCACGUCGCGCAAUUCCAACAUGAGACCAAAGCCCCGAUAUCCUUCACACCGGCUCGUUUCAACAUCGGUAUGGAUGACACAGAAACCACCAUCAUCACGGCUACAGGUCCGUUCAUCGUGACGUGGAGCUUGAAGAAGGUGCUUGCGAAUCGUAGGGAUCCGUAUAGUAUCAAGCGGUACUCUGAGGAAGUCAAGGCAGAUAAUUUCAAGUUCGGGUCUGAUAAGAAUCUCAUCGUUGCACUGCCGAAUGAGGUUGAUAUGGUAGCUAAGCGCGCGCUGCAAAGGCCGACGCGCGAGAGUAUUGCGACGCCGGUGAGGGUGGGUGCGGGAAGGAGGAGUGGGGCUAGAGGGAGCUACUUGGGGAGGAGUGAUAUUGUUAAUAGUCCUUAUUAGGGAAGGGGAGAUUCGCUCGGCGUGCGUUUAUGUCGAAGGCAAGUAGAGGGUUUCAUGACGCUUCUACGAUGGCGGGUUAGAGGUUAGGGAUUAUGGGCUCUAUAGUGAUGGAUAGGGUUGGUAGGGUUGGGGUUUCUUUGGGUAUUGUUCAUAGGGUUUGCGUUCGACAGACACGGCUGAUUGCCCCCCCCUUUUUUUUUGGAGAUGAUCGUGUGGUUAGUUUUCUGUCAAUGGAUACCAGGGGAUAUUGGGUACUUUUG